UCGUUUAAAAGUUCCAAAAAAAAACUAUUUUCAUGCUUUAUUUAUCAGAGAACGUCUGAAAAAGUUUGGAAAAAGAUAUUAAAAAAUUGGUUUAGUAUGUGACUACUAGUUAGUUCCUUGUUAUGUUUUAUUUAUUUAUUUUUCUUUCCCUCUUCUAUUUGAAAUUUUAUGUUUAUAAAAUAAAACUCGAACUAUUAAGGAUAAUGCAAGGCUGACUAGAACGUGAAACUCGCUUCUCCUAAGCAAACCAAUGGAGGUUAGCAGCAGUCACGUGACUGUUGCGUAUGUUAACAAUGGAUGAUGCAAGUGAAUUAGUUUCGGUCGUCAUUGAAAGAAGUACGGUCCGAUCAUUAAAGAUGCAAAAGUUUUCUAGAUGUAAAAUAUUCUCAGCAUUUUUGGCAACUAUUUUGUUUAUACAAGUGGUAUUAGGAUUAUAUGCUCUGUACCAAAAAGAUAGAAUUUAUAGGUUACCUCCAAAUGAUUUGUUAGAGGAGAGAACUCAAACUAAUCACCUUCAUCCCAUAUCACUUCUAAAUGUCAUGAGACGAAAAGAAUUAAAUGAAGAUAUUAAACCACAUUUUGUAGCUCGAAGAGGUAUAUUAGGUAAAAAUAUCAGCGGUAAUAAAGAGUUUACAGAUGUAAAUGGCGAAGAUGUUGAUCUUAAUUUUACUUGCAAUACCUGUGCAAUUGUUGGUACUUCAGGUACACUUUUGAAUUCACAUAAUGGAAAUUCAAUUGAUAAAAAUGAUUGUGUGUUCAGAAUAGGAUUGUCACCUACAAGUGGUUUCGAAACUAAUGUUGGAAAGAAAACAACAGCAAGAAUUAUAAAUAGCAGAAAAUUAGCUGAACUAUUAAAGAAACCGGAUAAAUUAGUAUCUGGACAUUUGUCCGUUGAUAAAUGGAUUUAUUAUAAUUUACACGAUGCUGAAAAUAUAUCCUGGAUAUUAAUGAAACUGAGAGAGAUGAAAAGGAAAUAUAAGAAAAUGUCUUUUUUAAGAUUCAGUAGAAGAGGUGAACGCAGAGCACUUUCAUCAUUGAAAAAAUAUGGUGAAAAAUCAGGUUACGUAUUAACCGGUGCUUUUCCUUCCACUUUAUGGUAUGCGGCUAGAGUGGCCGAUCUUGCAAAGUGCUCAAAAAUUAAUGUAUAUGGCAUACCUGACUCUAAAUAUUGCAAAAGAUAUAUGGACAGCAUAGUAAACGAAAAAUAUUGGGAUAUACUUUCUUCUCAAUUAUGCAAAAAUGGAGUUGAUUUCAGUUCAAGGACUACUGAUUCUGAAGUUUUAUCCAUAACUGACAGGAGAAGUCUUAAAGGAUGGGCUAAAGUACACAAUAUUAGUUUCACAUCUCCAUCUUGGCCUCAAUAAUAAAUCUGACUAAAUUUUAAAAUUAUAUUUACACUUUAUAUAAAAUUAUUUGCCCACAGGGCACUAAGUCCUCUUUAAUCAUAUUCAUCAUGAGUUUGGCUGGAUCCACAAUGGUAACAGCUGAUGAGGGGGGACAGGGUUUACUGUUAUCUGGGACAUACCACAUAUGAAAAAUUCCUACAGUUCCUAAUCUAGACUGGAAUGCAGGUAUCCCAGAUGACAUGCUAUAAUACCUUUACUGUCUGGAUCAUCCAGCUAUGGAAUAAUAUUUACCAGAAAUUAUAUAAAAGUAUAAUAUAGAAUAAAUUAUUCAUGUUUAAUAAACUUUGUAAAUAAACUAAAAA